CUGCGGCAUCGCGGGGCGGCAGCACUGCGGAGGGGUUCUUCUCCGGGCAAGGAGGAGGAAGGAGGAGGAAGGAGACCCCGGUCUGGCCGGGGACACAAAGAAGGGGGUGAUACCAGGGGCCACAGGUGACCAGCCCCAUCCUGCUGGGUGCUGAGGGCUCCUUUGGGGUGAGCUGCACCCUUGGGUGCUCCCCAAGCCAGGGGGCCCUUGGAGAAGGUGGGGACAAGGCCACUGUCCCCAACCUGGGUCGGGGCUCCUUUAUGCACCACAUCCUGGUGUGGAAAACAAGAGGGGACCCAGGCAGGCGCCAUCGCUCCGGGCGCCCCCUGGGCUGAGACCUGACCAAACUCAGGUCGGAGGAGCAGGACCCCACAGGGAGAUCGGAGGCAAAGAUGCUCAGUCUCACCGCAUCCUGCUGCGGGGACAAAGCCAAGCGGGUCCCCAGGCUCCCAGCCCAGUGGUGGCAGCCACCGCCAGCAUGAAUGUCACCGGGACGGCGGGAAACCGGAGCUGCGCCAUUGAGGAGCCAGUCCUGCUGCCCACCUUCUCCACAGCAGCCAAGGUGCGGGUGGCUGUCACCUGCCUCCUCUUCCUCUCCUCGGUGUGCUGCAACGGGGCUGUGCUCUGGUCGGCCGCCCGGGCACCACAGCGGCGGCCACCCCGCAUCCGCAUCCUGAUGGCCAACCUGGCAGCAGCCGAUCUGCUGGUGACGCUGGUGGUGAUGCCGUUGGACGCUGCCUGGAAUGUCACCGUGCAGUGGUACGGGGGGGAUGUGGCGUGCCGGGGGCUCAUGUUCCUCAAGUUGGCCGCCAUGUAUGCCUCGGCCUUCAUCACCGUCGUCAUCGCCUUGGACCGCCACGCCGCCAUUGUCAACCCCCUGGUGCUGGGCUGCGCCGAGAGGAGGAACAAGGCCAUGCUGUGCACAGCGUGGGGGCUCAGUGCCCUGCUGGCCCUGCCCCAGGCGUUCGUGUUCCGCACGGUGAGCCGGUCACGGCCACGGCGCUUCGUGCAGUGCGCGACGGUGGGGAGUUUUGGAGCGCACUGGCAGGAGACGCUCUACAACAUGUUCACCUUUGCCUGCCUCUUCCUCCUGCCCCUCCUUGUCAUGGUGCUCUGCUACGGCCGCAUCCUCGCUGCCAUCUCGGGCAGGAUGAAGGACCCCCGCGCCUCCUCCCGGGAGAUCCAGCUCCGUCGCUCUUACGACAACAUCCCCCGGGCCAGGAUGCGGACGCUCAAGAUGUCCAUCGUCAUCGUCCUGACCUUCAUCGUCUGCUGGACACCCUACUACCUCCUGGGCCUCUGGUACUGGUUCUCCCCGGAGAUGUUGACCCGGGAGAAGGUGCCGCCAUCCCUCAGCCACAUCCUCUUCCUCUUUGGCCUCUUCAACACCUGCCUGGACCCACUCGUCUAUGGGCUUUUCACGGUGCAUUUCCGCAGGGAAAUGUGGCGCAUUUGCCGCUGCAGCCGCCGCCAGCACGAGCAGGAGGCUGCCUCUGCCCUCACGGGUUCCUUCCACAUCUCCACCGCGGUGGUGCCAACCCGGAGAACCGGGAACAGCCUGGGGGAAGCUGAAAAACACCAGCUGGAGGUGAUGGCGGCGGCAGCUCCGCCAGGCCGGGGAUGCGAGCUGUGUCGCAGGAGGACAGUGGAGAGCUUCAUGUGACAGGGAGGCCAGGCUGGACGCCACAGCGGCCCCCAAAAGAAGGGCAGGGGAUGACACGAGGGCUCUGCGCCACCAUGAAGCCGCUUGGCAAUAAAUUCCCAUUAUUUUCUCAGCAGAAGCCUGUCUUUGGGCCGGGGGAAACCAGAGCUGGCACUGCAACAUCACCGGCACAUCAUCUGUGCCAGGCAGGAAUUCAUUGCACCAGCAACGACUAAGCCAGAAGCAAAGCAUCAGGCAGAAAGCAAAAUCUGGGGCAGAAAUUCCUUUAAAAGACGCAGCAGGGGGUCGUUUUGGGGAUCAAAAAAUGUCAAAUUUAAAACAUGCCCUUUCACCUGCGCUGGAGGUGCGGGGAGAAUUCAAUGCUCCUGGAGCUGAGCGACACAGAAAGGCCGCAGAUCCCACAGCGAACAGCAUGCGGCUAAAUAAAGCUGUCGCUUCCAAACACUAUUUUAAAGAAAAAUGGCUUU